AUGGAUUUGCCAGGAAAAGCUUCGUGGAAUAGUUGCACGCUUUGCAAGUGGACCGGGACACACCAGUCAUCGUGCGCAGACUGCUGGAACGCUACCAAUCUUUGUAUAUGUAUAGAUGACAACCACAACAACAAGACUGGCGAAUCUUUCGGUCUGCCUGUCGCGACAUGCGCCCGACUAACGCGCGGGAUCUCUUGCCCGCAGGGAAAUUCUCUUCCAGUCAAAGAAAGGAACCAAGCGAAAAAGAAUCCGCGAUGA